UUUUUGUACAUGUAUUGGGUAAUCAUUUUCGGUCAUGCUGCUGCAGUGUCGGUACCUGACGCAAAAGAAGACUAAAAUCUGUGAAAAAUGGGAGGCGCUCUGAGGAGAAUUGCCACAAACUUCAAUGUGGAGAGCAGGGCACAUCGUUUACUGGACCAGCAGAAGCCAAGACCUGCCCCGAAACACCCCAAGACAGCUGAUAAAAUAGCCCAGUAUCAGAGAGAAAACCCUCAGAUAUUGGAUCAGCAAAAGAGAAAAGAUGAGAAUCUUCUUGGAAUGCUGAAAGAUGUCAAGGUCAUGUCUCAAGAGGUUGCAGGCAAGCGUUUGAUGAAUGAAGCUGAUGCUGCCGAAUCCAAGAAGAAACCUCGCCCUCUACCGCAGAAUAGAAAGUCCAAUCCAGGCUCACCGUCUGUGUUCUUAGAACCUGAUGAAAUACCAGAAGGGAGACUAUCUGUAGAACAAGCCUUGGAACUUUUAGCCAGACACAAAAGGAACAAAAAAGUAAGAGUAUCCUGCAGAGAGGCUAGCCCAGGACUUCAAGAUGGACCUAGAGGACACCAAGAACAUCCUGGAAUACUUCCAAUCUUUCAAGGUGAUACCGGUCAUAGAUGGCAAGGAUGUCCCUCGCAUCAAAGGCAGCUGAUGAUCUUCCAACACCUGAAGUAACCCUAGUGACUGAAAUGUUUGGGAUUGAAGAAUUGACUGCCAUCUCUGAUGGAAGAACACCAGGGUAUUAAGUGUGUCUUCACUGCCAACAGAGUGUGAGAGAUGACAGGACACCAGUCUUGACUAUGGUCAGCAAAUAUGCCCUGUGAUGCCACUUUGUGACAUGAAAAUUGAUAAAUAUACUAAAAAAGAGUAUUCUUUUCUAAUCUUGAAUGGUUUUUCAUGAAAUACGAUAAUGAAAUGAAUAUAAUAUUGGCUACCCUUGAUUGGUAUAUUGGAUGUAUUGCAUUCAGCUUGCAAAUAUUGCACGAGUCCUAGAUGAGUGCAAUAUUCAUCAUGCAACCGAAUGUAAUACAGUUCGGAAAAUAAUUAUUAGGUCACUUUCCUCCCAAGCUCCUAUAUGUAUGGUCUGAUAAUUAUUUCCUGUUAAAUCUGUAUGUGAACACAUAAGGAACAGCCAGUAUUAUUGUCAUUUAACAAUCAAAAUACUGUAAUUUAUCAUGGAUAUUGGCAUUGAUGUUCAAAUGGAAUAUAUUAACAAUGUCAAAUAAUGUAUGAAAACAACAGUAUUUGAUAUUUUCAUUUUAAAAAUUCUUCAUAUAUGGUACCUUUUUGAAAUUAAUAUUUGGUUUAUACUCAGUGGCGUAUAGAGGGGGGGUUUGGUCAAAAAAUUCACUACCUACCAAAAAAAAAAAGGAGAGAAGGGUGAAAUAUGAUAUUUUCUGAAUAUUAUGUCAAAAUCAAUGACAAAAUUUGAUUUUUAAAUAAAAAUGUCAAUAUUUUGCUUGCUUUGCUCGCUUGCAACUCUAGAUUUUAUGCAACAUCUAGCUCCCUCGAAAUUUUUGGCUCUUUACACCACCGUUCAUCUGAUAUAUAGACUUAGUGGUGUUAAAUCAAAGUGGAUAUUAGAUGAAAUGCAAAGAGCUUAACUGGAAUAUGACAUGCAUCAAUUCUCAAAUGAAACAAACUGUCAUAGAUACUACAAGGGAAAGAUCGAACACUUCAACGAUUUUUUGAAACGCUCGAUUAAUGCUCAUAUGGAAGGAUGCCCACUAGCGUUGAGUAAGUAAACCAUCGCACAUCGGCACGCAGCUGUGUAUAAAACAUACAGGGAAAAUGAGAGAGGGGACUUUGGUGAGGGCUCGAGGGUGGCGUAUGGGAAUAAUUCCACAUUUUAUCACCCAGAAACCUCUGAUAUAUAUUUAUCUUUGAUUAAGGAACCAAAAAUUUGAUUUAAAAAAUUCUUAAAUGUAAAAAUUGCUUUUCCCUUCACCCCUUCCCUCAGUUGUUUUUUACACAACCAUUUCGCAAUACGCAAAGGUUACCUCCUCAAUGCUGUGGGGCGCUCUUCCUGAGCGUUUCAUUACGCGGUCUAUGUGCUGUCCGAUCUUCCCCUUGUAGUAUCUUUGACCGUCAUAAAAAUGGUGGCAAGGCUUAUAAAAUCAUACUCUCACAUUAACUUUGGCUUUUUGCAAGAGAAAAGGUGUCUCCUACUGCCUUGCAGUGUCCUCGCAAGGCAAUGACUGUACUUAUAUAUGCAAAUGAAUUAGAUGUAUUUCUCUAGCAUUGGCAAAAGUAAUAUUUAUUUCAUUGUAAAAAUUCUUAUUUGAAUUUGGAAAGUUUUGUAGAUUUAUUUUAUCUCCAGAUUAUGGUAUGAAUAAACUAAAAACAGAAGGAAAGAAAAGAAGUGUCAUGAAUAAUGUUAAUGUUUCUUUUAAGCAAUUAUAUUCCACGAAUUUCCUCUUUGCACUUAGGUAACGGGAAGAAAAAAGUCAGAGUUUUUAUCCUGGGAACCUCAUGACAAUAAAUCUGAUUUUGCCAUUCCUGCCUCCCCCCAAAAAAAGACUCAACUUCUCCUUCAACACAACAAAUUAAAAAAAAUACAACAUAGAUGUAAAUAUACUUUCAAUGGACAUGUUGAUUUUAAUUCCUUUGCAUGUACACAAAACAUGUCUUGGUCAUCUAAUAUUCACAUAUACAAUUUAUGACCCCAGAAACUUUAUUAUGCACAUAUAGUUUGAAUUAUAUAAAACACCAUAUAUGCAGGGGCUCACAAUUAUAUAACACAUCUUUACCCCUAUCACGCUCAUAUUAUGCAAGGGAAAUAUGUAUAUAUCUUCAUAGAAAUAUACAUUUAUUUUCUCUUUUUUGGUCAUGAUAGGAGCUAGAUCUACCAGGGAUAGGAAUACUUAAAAAACAUUUACAAGGCGUUCUCGACAUUUCACAAAUAUAAACUCUCAUUAUUUUAUUCUACAAACUCUACAUUAUUGACAAAAGUAGUAUGUACUGAUCUUCUUGGCCUCUGGCGAAAUUUUCUUAAAUAUAUUCAUAAUUACAUAUCGCUAUAAAACAUGAAAAUCUUUGGCUCAGUAUUAUUGUACAUUUUUUAGUUAGUUUCAGCAAAGAUUUCAUCUUUUUUUUUAAAUUCUUCAUUUGUUAUCAAAAUUGAAUAUACUUUCAAGAACUUUAAGCUUUCAAAAAUGUUACUUGUACAUAGAAUAGAAACACUCCGAGUGCGAAGGAAGGCCUAUAUAAAGGGAAAUUGAACACACAUUGAUGAACAAGCAGCAUUUAUGCUGUAGAAGGAAAGAGAUCUGUCAAUAGGUUUAUUUCUUGAGUGAAAUGAAUGUUAUAGGAAGUACAGAGAGACACAAAAUUAGUAAGAGAGAUAGAGAGAGAGACAUUGCAAAAUGAUGCAGAAUUGAAAAGUGAUGCAAUAAGGAGAAAUUGAAUGGGGGUGGGCAGGGGAGCAUUUCAUGAAAGUGAAUAGUGAUUUUCACCGACUGUAAUAAGGUACCAAAAUCCUUGCAUCUGAUUGGCUAAGAACAAAUUUGUCAGUGAAAAUCAAUGUUUGUUGUCAUGAAACCCUCCCCUGUAAAGGAAGGAGGAGGGAAGAACAGAGUAGAUAUACAGAUAUGAUUGAUAUGUUUUAAGGGCAGGGGGGGGUGAUAUAAAAGAAAAUUGAUUGAAUAUAGAAGACAGAAAAGAGUGAAUAUGGAAAGAGAAAAGGAAUGGAAGGAAAAGAGGACUCGGCAAGGAAAGAACCAUGUGCUUCCACUAUUAAAGUAAGUAAUAUAUUAAAGGUGCACUUCAAACUAAAUCGUGCACUGACACAAAGGGUGCAAUAUUACUAAUUUAUGACUCAUGAUUUCAUGAUAAUCAAUGGUUGAGAUCUACAUUUAAAAAAAAUCCCAUAAUAACAUUUUUAUGACUGCCGAGAGUAUUUAAGUCAGGAAUAGUUUUCCUAGAAAAUUCUCACCAAAAAGGAGAAUAGGUAAAUUUAAGAAUAAACCUUGAAAUUGUUGUGCAGUCAGAUUCUGCAUAUCUCGAACAAAAAAACUGAUGAAAAAGUAAGGAUUUUAAAAUACAUUACUUCUUAUAUUCAAAGAACCUUGGGUCACUGAAUUUUACAUUAAAAGUCAGAAUAUAGAAGAGAUGUUAUUUGUGCAAGCUUAAUCUUUACACUUCAAAUUUUCCAACGGAAAUCUACCAGAUUAAAAUUAAACACACAAAAACAAUCAGUAUCCACUAAUAUUCAGAAAUAAAUUUGCCCCAAUCAUCAAUAUUAAUCUCAAAAGACCCAACACACUCGUACAUGAAACCAACAAAAUAAACGUGCAACACAAAAAAACUUGCCUCGUGUUCAAGUAAAUUAGAAUCAAAUUAUGAUACAGAAAUUUGAGCUCUGAACCAUUUUGGUGGCUGUAUUCUGAUAAAUUCCUUGCAUUCUUAAAAUGAAGGUUACACCCAAAAGUAUGAAUUAGUUGAUUUUAGCCAUCAAAGGAAAAUGUUGACGCACAGUAGGAUGAGCAAAGUAGUACAAUCUGAUUUAAGAUUGUGACUACAGCCAUAUUGCAAAACUGAAACAACUAUUACGUGACACAAAAACAUACAAGAACGCAAAAUUGAUCUGCAGUGUGAAUGGAUCUGGUGAAAACAAGGCCUUUUGAUCAGCAGUUCAAGCAUUUUUUUUUUCCAAAAUGGAUAUCUCAUCUUCCAUAGUCUUAUUCACAAAUACAUUAAAAUCUUGCUAUGAAAUUGCCAAGUUUUGACCAAACACAAUUAUUUGUACUUGAAGAUGAUGGACACAAAUGGUGAUGUUGUUCGAUAGAGAUUACCAUCAAUUCAUUAACCCAUUCCAUACCACACAACUGUUUUCAACAUAUGCCCAAAAUGAUAUAUCAUGGAGUAAAGGUAGGCAUGUGCCUUUUGACCUUGUAUUUAAAUAAAGAGUUUCAAUAAUUUACCUUUUGAUCAGUGACUGUUAACAAGUACUGCAUUACAAGAC